AUGGCGACGGAGGCCGAGCUGACCGCGCAGAUCGCAGCUGCCGGCGAGAAAGUGCGCGACCUUAAGGCAGCCAAAGACGCCACUAAGGCCGACGAGAUCAAGGAGGCUGUGGCGCAGCUGCUGGCGUUCAAGGCGCAAUUCAAGGAGGUGACGGGCAAGGACUUCGGCCCGCCGCCCAAGCCCAAGAAAGAGAAGAAACCGCAGCCGGAGCAGCAGAAGCCCAAGGACCCUGCAAAGAAGUCCAAGAAGGAGCUCAACAAGGAGCGCAAGAAAGCCCACAAGCACGCGCUCAAGGCCGGCGUGGCGGACGAGUCCCCGGCGGCUGCCGCCGCCCACGCAGCUCCUGCUGCUGUUGCAGCGCCAGCUGCAGCUACUGACGGUAAGAAGGCUCUGAAGAAGGCCGCACACGCCGGCAUUGAGCUGCCCACGCCUUCGGCCGAGGAUGACGGUGUCAUCGUUUUCUCCAGCGCCGGUCAGCUGCCGCGCGCCAGUUACGUCGUCGCGCAGCUCGUCAAGUACGCGCCUGGCUUCCGCAACUUCGGCCGCGACGCCGCCGCCUCGGCUGUGAUUCCCACGCUGACACUGGCCGACGGCCGCAUCGUGUCGGGCGACUUUGCCAUCGCGCGCUUCCUGGCUCGCACUAAGCCCGAGCUUGGUCUGUACGGCGUGGCUGCUAAGGACGCCGCUGCCAAUGAGGCUGCUUUGCCGCCCUCGCAGAUCGAUGCAUGGCUGGACUUCGCUCUGACGCGUCUCGGCCCCAACCUGGAGGACGACGGCGGUCUGCAGAUCCUGAACCGUGUACUCAAGACGCAGACGUUCAUCGUGGGCCACGCUCUGUCGCUCGCGGAUAUCUGCGUGUGGUCGCUGGUCGCUCCGCUGCAGAAGAAACUGGACUUGUCGCCAUUCCCGAACGUGACGCGCUGGUUGGCGUAUCUGGAGGCGCAGCAGACACUGUUCGCUAAGGUUGACGGCUCUCUGAAGGCCCUGAAGCCCAUCAAGGCACCUGCUCCUACUGGAGCUGCCAAGAAGAAAGACACAGGCAGCUGUCCCCCUCUGAAGGACGCAGUGGAUGGUCAGGUAGUGACCCGAUUCCCUCCUGAACCCUCUGGAUACCUGCACAUUGGCCACAUCAAGGCCUGUAUGCUCAACAACUACUACGCGCGUCACUACCACGGCAAGCUGAUCCUCCGUUUCGACGAUACGAACCCCAGCAAGGAGAAGGACGAGUUCGAGCAGAGUAUUAUCGCCGACUUGAAGCGUGUGGAAGUCUUCCCGGACGUCGUGACUUAUACGUCCGACUACUUUGACAAGAUCGCGGACUUUGCUCGUCAGAUGAUCCGUGAGGGCAACGCGUACAUGGACAACACGUCACAGGAGCGUAUGCGCGAGGAGCGUAUGGAAGGAAUCAACUCCAAGUGUCGCGAUCAAACGCCGGAAGAGAACUUGGCGCUGUUCGAGAAGAUGCUGAAGAACGCACCGGAGGCUCAGGGCUACUGUAUGCGCGGUAAGAUCGACAUGCAGGCCAAGAACAAGACGAUGCGUGACCCCGUCUUCUUCCGUCUGAACCCGACGCCCCACCACCGCACGGGCACCAAGUACCAGGCGUAUCCGACGUACGAUCUGGCCUGUCCCAUUGUUGACUCGCUCGAAGGCGUGACCCACGCACUGCGUACGACGGAGUACAACGACCGUGACUUCCAGUACCAGUGGGUAUUGGACACGCUACGUCUGCGUAAGGUUAUUAUCCAGGGCUUCGCACGUAUGAACUUUGUGUACUCGGUGCUGUCGAAGCGUAAACUGCAGUGGUUCGUGGACAAUGGACACGUGGAGAGCUGGAGAGACCCGCGGUUCCCCACGGUUCAAGGUGUGCUGCGUCGCGGUGUGCAGGUGGAGGCGCUGCGUGAGUUUAUCUUGAGUCAGGGAGCUUCGCGUCGUAUCACGGACAUGGAAUGGGACAAGUUCUGGACUCUCAACAAGCGCGUGUUGGACCCGACUGCUCCUCGUUACUUCGCGGUCGCCAAGGAGUCGUCGGUGCCGCUUACGUUGACGAAUGUUUCGGGUGAAGUGAUUGGAAUUCCAGUGGCUCGCCACCCGAAGGAUCCGUCCAUGGGCAACAAGAUGGUGCGCUUCUGCAACAAGCUGCUGCUUGAGCGUGACGACGUCAACAACUUCGUGGAGGGCGAGGAAGUGACGCUCAUGCGUCAUGGCAACAUCAUCGUCAAGAAGCUGAACAAGGCUGCGGACGGCACCAUCACGAGUGUCGAGGCCGUGAACCACCCGGAGGGAGACUUCAAGAAGACCAAGCUCAAGGUCACGUGGCUGGCGGAUGUGCCUGACCUCGUGCCACUGACGCUGGUGGAGUUCGACCAUCUGCUUAACAAGCCCAAGCUCGAGGAAGGCGACGACUUCCAGGACUUCCUCACGGAGACCACGCGGGCUGAGAUGCACGCUGUGGGUGACCACGAGCUGCGCAACAUGAAGGAGGGACAGGUCGUGCAGCUUGAGCGUCGCGGCUACUUCCGUGUGGACGUUCCAUACAUCUCGGACGACAAGCCCGUCGUCAUGUUCAUGGUGCCUGACGGCAAGGUCAAAGCCAUGUCCACGCUGUCCACCAAGCUUGCCCACCGGUAA